CGUGGGAACGAGCUUUGGCAUUGGUACGUGGAUCCUGCAAUACUAUCCUUUUACACCACAUGCUGAUCGUGUACGUGCUCUAUAGAACCCUGACUCCAAAGUUGCCAAUAUUCUACUCGCCGUCUACUACCUCUAUGAUAGUUCCCGACACGCCACGACAGAUCCUGCGUUUGGCUCCUUGUAUAAGGUGGCCAUGACCCAGUACACACAAAAAGCUUUCAAGUUGGAUAAAGAAUACCCCAUGACUGGCGCCUUGUUUGGGGGUUAUUUUCUUUUGAGGAAGUCUUACUCUACUGUCGAAACCUUAGCCCGCAAAGCGAUCGAGCACACGGACGUGAUGCAAAUAGCUAGCGAUGGUUGGUUUCUGCUCGGUCGUAAGGCGCAUUACGAGGGCGACCUUCCUCGUGCUGCAGAAUUCUAUAAUCGCUCUGAUCAAGCUCGUGGUGGCGGUGAUAAGGGGUAUUUGCCUGCCAGGUUCGGCACGGUACAGAUGCAAGUUUUUAAUAAAGAUUACGAUGGUGCCAAAUUUCGACUGGAGAAGAUUAUACAGCAAACCAAGAACCCAGAAUGCAUGAUACUGCUCGGUGCGCUUUAUGCAGAGGAGGUCUUUGCGACCGAGAAAAUUGGUAGCAGAGAAGACAAGUCAGCCGAAGCCAAAAAGGCAAUCAGUCUUCUAGAAUCGGUUCGCGCCCUCUGGAAGGAUGAAGGCAAGAAACUCCCACCGGAUGAGUCAGUUCUGGUGUAUUUGGCCCGCUUGUAUGAGCGUACAGCCCCUGAGAAGAGCAUGCUGUGCCUGUCUCAGCUCGAGGAAUUGCAGCUGGCAGCGAUUAUUGAGGAUGAAUAUCCAGAAGGCCUUGAAAAUCGGGAGCAGGCCAAAGCUACUCUUCGGGUAAACCUACCGCCUCAGCUUCUCAGCAAUAUGGGUUGCUUUUUGUACCAGGCUGAGAAGGUAGACCAAGCGCGAACUAUGUUUGAAACGGCGUUGAAUGCCUGCGUACGGUCACAGGAGAAAGAAAGCGAGCAUGACACGGAUGCCCUGGUCACGACCAUCAGUUAUAAUCUCGGACGAACAUACGAGGCCUCCGACAUGUCGGAAGAAGCAAAGAAGGUGUAUGAAGGUCUCCUGGAACGCCACUGUGAUUAUACGGAAGCCAGCGCUAGGUUGACAUAUAUUGCCCUACGGCAGAGCCCCACGGAUGAAGGCCCCAAAAGGAUGGCCAAGCUGUACGAAGCAGAUUCGACGAAUCUUGAGGUCCGUGCUCUGUUCGGCUGGUACCUCAGCAAGUCUAAGAAACGUGUUGCAAAUCUGGCCGAGGACCAGGAGCAACGUCAUUACAAGCAUACCCUGCAAUACUUCGACAAACACGACCGCUACUCGUUGACUGGGAUGGGUAAUGUCCACCUCAUGACAGCACGCGAUAUGCGCCGUGAGACCGAUCAGGAGAAAGAGAAGCGCCGUAAGAUGUACGAGCGGGCAGUGGAAUUCUUCGACAAAGCUCUUCAGCUAGAUCCUCAGAAUGCUUAUGCGGCUCAGGGUAUUGCCAUUGCUCUGGUAGAUGCUAAGAAGGACUACAGCACUGCAGUGCACAUAUUUUCCAAGAUUCGGGACACCUUGAGAGACUCUAGUGUCUACCUAAACCUUGGGCAUGUAUACGCGGAACUACGGCAGCAUGCGCGAUCUAUCGAACAUUACGAGGCCGCGCUAUCGAAAGACCGUGCUCGUGAUGCGCAAAUUCUAGCAUGCUUAGGCCGAGUAUGGCUGUUGAAAGGGAAGCAAGAGAUGAGCUUGUCGGCUAUGAAGACUGCCCUGGAUUAUGCACGACGAGCGCAUUCUGUCGCGCCAUCCCAGGUGCAUCUAGAAUUUAAUGUGGCGUUUGUACAAAAUCAGAUCGCCUCUCUGGCAUACAGUCUACCGGAGACGCAGAAGACUGUGCAAGAUGUGCAGGAUGCCUCUGAUGGUCUUCGUGAGGCGGUCGAAUCUUUCGGACGCAUUUCACAGGCGAAGAACCCUCCUUACCCAGCGGGGGCCUUGGAACAGCGAGCUAACAUGGGCAAGACAAUCAUCAAACAGCUCGAACGAGCCCUCCAGAGUCAGAAGGAGUACGAAGAAAAGAAUGCGGCUAAACUUCAGCAGGCUCGCGAGGCUCGUGAAGCCGAGAUCCGCCGGCGCGAGGAGGAAGUUCGCAAGGCGCAAGAGGCAGAGCGCGAGCGCAAACAGCGAAUUGCAGAGGAACGGCAGCGAAUGGUGGAGGAAGCACAGCGAUUAGCGGAGCAGCGGGCGGAGGAGGAACGCGCGCGAGAGGAAGCGGAGUUAACAACGGAAUCGGAUACAGGCGCUAAGGUGAAACGUAAGAAGAAAUCAUCUUCGACGAAACGCAAGAAGAAGCGGGCAGAGGACGACUUCAUCAGUGACGGCGAAUCACCGACCAGGGCUGGAAGCUCAGACCCAGAAAGCGAGGGUGAAGCGGCCCCCAAGAAACGGCGGCGACUGGAACGUCGGUCGGGCGGAAAAACGCAGAGCAAGUAUAAGAGCAGUGAACUGGUGGUGGAUUCCGAUGAGGAGGACGGGGCCGAAGCCGCCACGACACCGGCGGCGGAAUCAGAUCACGACCAGGAGAUGGUUGAUACCGGUGCAGAUGAAGAUGGGGAAAACGUAAUUCAACGGCGCCGAGCGAAAGCGAAUCGUCGGAUUGCUGACGACGAAGAAGAGGAGGAGGAGGAGGAGGAGGAAGAAGAAAAGAACCAGCCCAGAACGAUGACAGUAUCAGAGAAUGGGGACGAUGGUGCAGAUGAUUUGUUCAGCGACAACGCGGGCGUUAAUGAUGCUUCGAUGGAAGAGUGAAGAUAUGCUAAGGCAGCAUUCUGCUCCUCCGUUACUUUGUAGUGUAUGUCUUCUGCUACGCUUUUACUUUAUUCUGUAUCAAGAGGAUCCAGGCGUUGGGAGAAUUGAAGGCAAACCUGGGACAUGUUUAUAAGCAGUAUUGGAAUGAACAAUCUGAUUUCCUCCCUAUUAAUUACAGAAUAUCAGGAG